AUGGAUUAUAUGCGUAAAGAUGUAACCUGCGUUCUGCUGCUUUUGACCAUCGUGAGCUGUCUGGAUGGCAGCGCCCUCGCGAGACCCGACGGAGAUCUGUGCAAAUGGAUGAAUGGACGCAAGUACUUCAUCGCGGUCGGAGAAACGGGCACGAUCUCAGUGGCGAACGUCACGUCGCAAACGUCGGCCCACAACGAAACUUGGGGUCGGAUGCCUCAGAGGUGCUCCGUCGAGCUCAUUACUUGCCCGAGCUGUCACUUCCAGGUGACGGUGGAUUACCUCAACAUUCCCACCUGCAGUAACAACGGGAAAUGCCGUUGCGAUUACGUAUGGUUGAAAGAACCCACGAUAAGCCGGCUGAGCGAGGAGCUCUGCGGCGUCAAGCGGAACGACUCGCGCAUGGUGUUCGAAUCGAUGAGGAAACUGCUCUCGGUGGACUUUCUGUACUCGUACUCGUACACGGACGCCUUCAGUCUGCAGGUGACAGCGAAAAGUAACGUCUACGUACUGAAAGGUCAAGCCGACUUUUACCAAGGAGCUUCCACGGGUUACAUCAAGUCGCCCCAUUUCCCUCUGCCGUACCCAUCGGAUUACAGCGUGGAAUAUCAACUCGUCAAUACGGAUCCCCGCGGAUUCGUGCAGCUAGUCUUUACUGACUUCCAGUUGUCUCCAUGGUCGUAUAUUGAGGUUCUGGACACCAACGGCACGCGCAUAGAUGUGUACAAUGGAAACACGUUCCGACCCCCGAUCGUGGUGUCAUCGGGCGUGAAUCUCACCGUGAAAUUCAGAGCGAACGACGAAUAUGCCAACGCAGGGUUCCGCGCCAAGUACACGUUUGUCAAUUACCCCGAGAAAUACUGGUUCAACAAACCGUCAACAGACUGCGGAGGUAUUGUUGACGAUAGCGGCGGAGCCAUCACAAUGAUGAACAUGGUUGCUCAGACUGGAACGCCUAAGUCCUACGACUGCAUUUGGUUGGUGAAAAGUUCUGCCCGAGAAGCUUCCGAAAGCCAGAUCUCGAUCAGAGUCGCCCAAUUCGACGAGAUGGGUCCGCAGUCAUCUCUAGAGAUCAAGCAGGGUCUUACGUCUGGCUCUUAUCCGCUCAUCACACUGAACAGUCAACAACAGCCUAAAAACCAACAACACGCACAGGAGUACAUAAUUCCCGCAACGUCAGGAUACUACAUCCGUUUGAAAGGCUCAUUCACGAAUCGAUCGCGACUCGCGGUCGUUUACUCCGUCUUCACGUUCGACACUGCGUGCAACGAGACCAAUCAGUUCAUGUGCGCCAACGGUCGCUGUCUGCACCCGUCGAUCCACUGCGACGGUUUCAAUCAUUGCGGGGACGGCAGCGACGAAGUCGGUUGCGAUGGCAAAGUCAUCUUCGAGAAGCGACUCACAGAGGAAAAGAAGCAAUCCAAGGAAACCCUGCAGUGGUGGACGAACUUGACGCCCAACUACUAUUUUCCCAAGCCCGAAUCGACCGAUUCGUACAACGGCACGAACACGUUGAUCCUGCUGACAUCGCUCGCCGGGCUCGGGAUGUUCAUUUUGACGACGAUUCUCAUUCUGAUAAAGCUCCGGAAACAGCGUCAGAUCGAGGCGCUGAACCGAGAAGCGCUCAGGAGCAUAUCGGAAUUCGGCGACGGAAGACGCAUCUACCCCGGCGAUAUUCCUCUUUUCGAUCCGCCGCCGACGUACGACGACGUAAUAAAAUUCUACAUGCCCCCGCCGCCAGCGUAUUCGACCAUCGAUGAGAACUCGCCGACUUUGGCGAGAUUUAACGCCGCCAACGGAACUCUACCCGGCGUGGAAAACGCGGCGUUCACGAUGAUUUCGGAAAGCCCGCCCCCGACGUAUCGGGAGGCGACGCAUAAGAACAGCCGGAUACUCCGAGUCAUCCUGCCGUCGAGUUCUGCCGAGCGACGUCACCAUCGAAGGCAGAAAACCUCACCAGCCAAAGCCCGCUCGGCGCACAGACGCACCGCUCAGCUGCGGACUCGGAGGAACCUCGAAGCGAGCCUCGUGGCCGCGUUCCUUCUGGACGACCGCAGGAAACCCUGUCAGUGUCAGGGCGCGUGCUCGUGUCCGAGCUCGUCGAUGGGUGCUCCGCCCCGCUACCAGGACACCCGACCGCGACCUCGACCGGAUUUUAGACGGCCCUUGCACGUAACCCAGGACUCUCUGAGUUCGGUGAGUUCGUUCGGGUCGGCCAUUCCGGAUCCCAUAAUCGAGCUCCAACGCCCAGAGGAGACCGCGGGCCCCUCGCGGGUUCUGAAAACGGUCACCAGACCGCCACGUCCACGCCAAAUUCAACCGGCGCUGGAAAAUCCGGCUGCCGUCAACCUCAACAAAACACCGCCCAGUAAAGAGCUAAAAGAUGCUGGCAAACGCGAGAACGAAAAGCGAAGAAGUCCCAAACGAGCUCCGAUCAUGCCUCUUAACAGCAGGCUGCUGGCGUUCGAACUCGAUAGAAUAACCGUACUCGACGACGUCGUCCCCGACGAGAUUCCUUCUCAGAACCAAGAGGUUCUGCAGGCAGGUGGCAAUUAAAUCCGAUCGGAGUCGAUUUCCGUUUUGUCAUUGUAAACUAUGGAACCGAAAAACGAUAGCUACUGAAUUUUGCUUCUGUGUUGGAUAAUUAGGUAAAGCGAAAAAGAUGCCAUUUUGUUCCGUGUAUAUAUCGUUGUGCGUAAGAUCAAUGUGUACAGACGGAAUGCGGGAAGGAAUUAAUUCAGAUGA